CUCCAACAGAACCUUCUACUUCCAAGAAGCAAGUAGCAAUUUGUUUCUUUAGAAUAGACAAGCAUCCAAGCCUCCUUUCCUGGCGAAAUCGGAGGUUUUGGUCCACAGCAGUAGCGUUUUUUUGAUUCGUGCGGAUUUUUUUGGCUAGAAAGUCCUAUUAAAUAUUGUUGGCUUUUUCGACGCCUCCGUCGCUUAUUCAAGCCAUUUCUUUGCACGCGAAUCCGAAUUCAUCUUGAUCCACUUUGCGUGCACGACGGAAAUAAAAGCUUGACUGCUACAACAUUUGCAUUGCUUUAUACGUAUAUUAUCGGCAUCAACUUUAUAUCAAUCAUCGCAUAUCGCCUCCUGUUACUCAGCUCGAUCUUUUUUUCAAAAGAUCAUCUUGUAAAAUGAUAAACACGUGGGAGGCGAUCCACGGGAAGGCGACGAAGAAGAUCCCGAAGUCUCAUUCCGUCCAGUUCCUAAAGCUCAGCAAUGGUGGACAGGGACCCACGGUCGGCCUCACGCGCAUGUCGCGGGGUAGGCAGAAGGAGACGAUUUUCAGCCCCGCGCAGACCGAAACUGGGUUCCGAAAAUCCCGACACCGUAGCCCGAGCCCGCCCGGCUCUCCCACUGCGAAGAAGCACAAGAAGCCCGAGUUUUACCUGCAAGAGUGCGAGGUGCCGCACAAGAAAAAGCAAUCGCUUUUCCAGAUAGUCGGAAACGAGAUUGGGGUAGAACGGAUCGCAAAAGUCUGUCUAAAGGUGUCAGAGGAAGACCCGCUCCUGCAGCCUCUCAAAAAGGAAAUCAACAUGCCGCUCGCAAAAACGUAUUUUGGUUUUUUAAGUAGUACCUCUGUGCAGUUUUAUUUGUGCUCGCAAUAUAUAAGAAAACUGAUGAGUGAAUUCAGAACUUAGCCCAGUGCAAUACAACCUUGGAUGAUUAUUUUCGGCGGGAGGACUGCGGGCUAAACCUAAAAGAGAUGAUUUUUUUGACACACGACACGAACUACUAAACAGGUUAAUGGCCUAUCUGCUUGGCCAGAACCUGCCGGAGUUCGCGUCCAAUCUUCCGGAGUUCAAGCGGGAACUGAUACGCGCGCGGGACCACUACAAGCUGACAGGGGAGCACUUCGACAAGAUGCAAGCGAUGUUCCAGAAGGCGGUGCACGGCCUGUGCCACAAUAACGCCACCCGGCUCGAGUGGGACACGGUCUCGGCGUGUUUUCGCCGCGAAAUCGAGCACGGCGACCUCCACGCGGUUACCGAUAAAAGGAUAUGCGCCUUCGAGAUAGUGCUCCGAGGACUUAAGUUCGUGCCACACGACGGCGACGCGAAGAAAAUUAUUGUGGACAUAAUCAUGAUAGCAAAGCAGCUGCCGGAUCCGGAUAUCAAGAGUAUCUAAUGUUGUAGUGGAUUAUUUCUCUUUUGGUGCAUACUGACAAAUGAAAAUUGCAUUGAUUUCUUUUGCAAGUAAACAAUAACCACGAUGUAGCAAGCACGGACAGUAGAUUCCUUGAGCAAUUUCCAUAGUCCAACUCAUCCCUAAAAAUUAACCACAGGAGCUGUGAUGCGGAGUUUCUAUCCGGAGGCUUUGACACUAACGGAGUGUGCGGUAAAGGGAAACGGGUUGCUGAUAAGAUUCCAGCUCCUUCCGGAGCUCUACGACGACAGAAUCACCCUGAAGCAGACUGAUUUCGGCCACACCAAGCAGUUUCUGGACCAACUGCACCGACAGUUCGAUCCGGACGCAGACCUGGAGGCGGCAGCAGAGAUGGUGGAUGUUAGCGAGGAGGAGCAAGAUCCCAGGAUAUUAGCGUACUUUUUUGAAAACUUUUGAUUUGACUUUUUUCAGAAUGAAUUGGAAAUCAGAGCAGAAAAAAUAGGCGCAGGCACUAUAAUUUCACUAUAGGGCCACAAUGUGGCGCCACGGCCGCCAUAAUCGUUUAUCAUGCAUAUGCAUAACCUACGACCGCGAAAAGAUUUUACCGAAAAGCAUACACGCACGACAAACGAACAGCGCCAAGCAAGAGUGGCAAGACAAGGCCGCGGCGAUAACACAGCCAAUGGAUAGCCUGAUUCCAGUGGAGGAACCGGAUUACGAUGGGAUGCAGCUCGAAACCCAGCUUGCCGAGACGCUGCACCCAGGACCGAGCAUUUUGGAGCUUUACCCGAGUCUCCCAAGCUUCGAAGGGGACCAAAAGUACUAUAACAGAUUUGAAUCUGCUUUUCUUUUGAAUUCAAAAAAAAAAGAAUCAACUCAAAAGUUGCAAAACAGGGACGAUUUCCGAACAUUCUUUUCAUCUUUUGAAAAAUUUUCUGACCUACCACAGGAUCGUAUUCGAAGAGCAGAACCGUAGAAUACAACUUUUGGAGCAGCAGCUGCACAAACUCUCGCAAGUCCACGCGAAGGAGCUCACGCGAACGAGAAAAAUGCUGAUGCUGGCACAGGUACUGACAAUAAAUUCUUCGGUUGUGGUGCUGAAAAUGUUGGAUUACGUUUCGUUGCGGACGAUAGAUGUCAGGAAUGCCAUACAUGCAGUCAACCCCGACUUGCGUCUAGAGACUCAAUUGAAAAAUUCGAUGUUAAGAAGAUUAUGAUUUGAGACUCUCCUUUCUACCAAUUUCCCAGGAUCGCAUUGGUGAAUUGGAGGAAAUGACCACGCUACUGCCGACGGAGGCGGCGCAGGCCCAGAAUCUCGUCUUUCGCAUCACGCAGGAUAGCAUCCGGCGCAGUUUGCGACAAGGCGACGACGACUUGGACAGCGAGGCAGCGUCUCUUCAGAUGCUGGAGUCCUGCCCGACACCGUCGCUACUCCCAACUACCUCCGCGGCCGGGUUUCACCAGGCGGCGGCGCGGACGGAUAGCGGCAGCGCCAACACCACGCAGUCACGCCUGAUGCCGGGCGAGAGCAUCGACACCAAGCUGAAGGAGUGGAUCGAGGUGUCGAACCGGUUUGCGGACGCGCAGAAGUCGCCCAGAGCCUUUGACCGGCCGAGCAGCGGCGGGAAAUCACCCGGCAGAUCGCCCAAAUCAGGCUCGAAGAGGAUGCUGGGUUGAGAGAAUUGGCAGCGGAUUUUGCUUGUGAUACCUAGCAAACCACCAUGCGAAUCUUUUUGAAAAGUAGAACCACUUCUAUACUACUACUGGUACAAAAGAAACGAGAAAUCAUGUUUGUAACACUCGUCUUGUAGCUGGUAUGAUGAUGUGUUUGUACAAUUUUUUCUGUACAAAUGAGUAGAGUACCAGGCACAAAGCUACAACUGGUCGUUUCCAAAUUUCCAUUUAUCAAACAAGAAUGUUUUUGUGUUGAGGCGCGGCCUGUCUUUCGCGCUGACCGCGCCCUCGUCACAGAAAUACUGGAAGUACUCACUUUCGUUUUCGCGUGUUGUCAUAUGCACAAAAUGCUUUAAAAGGUUUCGCGGACGAGCUUGUAAUUCAUUGUACGAUCACAUGUAUCCUAUUGAUGUUUUCGCAAACGCCCUGUAUAGUGGUUUUGUUUCGAUAACUCGUAUGCCUGCUCCAU